CGACAAUCCGACAUCGACCCCGACCCCGACCGCCUUUUGUGUAGACCUUCUUCUGGAGAGUUACUCAUUAGUGCAUUUUACGAACAAAAACGAGUUUUAUUAAACGUAAUGGUUUUUUUCCUUCAAAACGCGAAAGUAUAUUGCAUCGUCCGGCAGCCGGACCUGGUGUUUGGUGUAGACCUCCUCCUGGAGGGCUUACCAAAUCGCUGGGGAAGGUUCUAAUCGUAGGGUGAAGGAGUUUGCGAGGAUAGAGGUCUAGGAAGGGGUUAUGGAUAUCGUGCGCAAGCACAGAGCAGGAUAGGGGAUUGACGAAGAAGUUUCAUCCAUUUUCACCAAAUAAUUUAAUAUGCCGUUCGCCUCUUUCAAGGUCGGCUUUCGCAACGCUCCAAGGUUGGACCUCGUAGAGCAGGAGAAGCCGCACCUCGACAAGAUGGGCAUCGUCAUGGCUGACAGCCCUGAGGAGAAGUUCUCUUUCAACAACCCCAGGCCCAACUUCUCCGGCCAGAACCACCUCGGCUUACAAGAGAGACGUCGCGAAGACGAAGCCGCAAGUACCGAACAUGCGGUCGAUGCAUUCCGCACUGCCCAGCUCGAAGAUGCGGCUCGGCUCUUUCGCCGCUCUUCAUUCGCUGAGAACAAGAAGCGAUACGAGCAACUCAAGGCGCGAUAUCGGGAGAUUGUCCUCGGCAAACUGGACAACGAGGUAGUCUGGAGUCUAGACGACAUGGCCGCAAUCUAUGGUGCCGCUCAAGAUUCGACUACACCGUUUAUGCCCAGCCAUACGACGGGGCACAUCCUCACCGCCCAUAUUGUCCAGGUCCCCCAUAGCAUGUCUUCAUCAAAAGCCAUCGGUAUCGAUAUCGGUACCACCUACUCUUUUGUAGACGUCUGGCAAAAUGACCGGGUCGCAAUCAUCGCCAACGACCAGGGCAACCGGACCACCCCCUCCUACGUCUCCUUCUCCGACACCGAGCGUCUCAUCGGUGAUGCCAUCAAGAACCAAGUCGCCAUGAACCCCCACGACACCGUCUUCGAUGCUAAGCGUCUGAUUGGCCCCAAGUUCGACGACGCCGAGGUUCAGGCCGAAAUCAAGCACUUCCCCUUUCAGGUCAUCAACCAGGGUGGCAAGCCCAUGAUUCAGGUCGAGUUCCGCGGCGAGACCAAGACCUUCUCACCUGAGGAGAUCUCGUCGAUGGUUCUCCUGAAGAUGAAGGAGACUGCUGAGUCCUACCUCGGCCAGACCGUCACGAACGCUGUCGUCACUGUCUCCGCCUACUUCAACGACUCUCAACGUCAGGCCACCAAGGAUGCCGGUGUCAUCUCUGGCCUCAACGUCUUCGUAUCAUCAACGAUCCUACCGCCGCUGCCAUUGCUUACGCGCAGCGUCCUCAUCUUCGAUCUCGGUGGUGGGACUUUCGAUGUCUCCCUGCUGAUGAUUGAGGAGGGUAUCUUCGACGUGAAGGCCACCGCUGGUGACACCCAUCUUGGUGGUGAGGACUUCGACAACCGCCUCGCAUCGACUGCUACACCUCCAUCACCCGCGUUGGCUUUGAGGAGCUUUGCCAGGACCUCUUCCGCUCCACCCUCGAGCCCGUCGAGAAGGGUCCUCCGUGACUCCAAGAUCGACAAGGCCAACGUCCACGAGAUCGUCCUUGUUGGUGGCUCCACCCGUAUUCCCCUUAUCAUCAAGCUCGUUUCCGACUUCUUCAACGGCAAGGAUCCCAACAAGUCGAUCAACCCCGAUGAGGCCGUCGCCUACGGGGCUGCCGUCCAGGCUGCUAUCCUCUCUGGUGACACCUCCGAGAAGACUCAGGGCCUCCUGCUUCUCGAUGUCUCCCCCCUCUCCCUUGGUACCGAGACCGCUGGUGGUGUCAUGACUCCUCUGAUCAAGAGGAACACGACCGUCUCCACCAAGAAGUCCGAGAUCUUCUCUACCUACGCCGACAACCAGCCCGGUGUGCUCACCCAGACCUCCUUCUGGAGGGCUGUCAAUACCUGUCGUCUCUCCCUCCUCGCCCUCCUCGCCCUCCUCUACCUCGUCUCCCCUCCUACGAGCACCUGCGCCAGUCCAACUACAACGACCUACACCCUCUCCCUCACCUUCUCCGCUCACUGCACAAUCCGCACAAUGACUUGCCCAACUUCCCUCCCCUUCCGCCCACCCAGCUCAAUCCGCUCACCUCUCACUCUCACUCCCACUCGCCGCCCAAUUCGAAAACUCUCUUCCUCUCACUCCCGCUCUCGCACACUCAUCUCUCACGCCCUCUCCGCCCUCCUCCCGUCCCACUCAACCACCAACUUCACAAUGCACUUCUUCUCUAUCCUCGCGCAUGGUACUGGUCUCCGUGGCCAAGCUAUUAAGCAUACGUGGAACUUCUGUUCCACGCAAGGCUUGGUCCGCUGGGUCCGCGACCUCUCUGAGCUCGCGGCCCAGACGGUCAAGCUCCCCACCGAGCUCAUCGCCGUCCUCGCCGGCCUGAUCGUCUUCGCCAAGCUGACGACCGCUAUCCUCAUGGCCCUCCGCCAUACGAAGAAGGCUCGUAAGGAGCUGAAGCAAGAAGGGGAGGAGAAGAAGAAGAAAGAGGACUUAGUGGUUUCUCCUGGGUUGAUUUAGAGGCAUUUGUACUUUUAGUCUUGGGACGCUCUUUGGGCGCUGUAGUC